GUACGUUCUCUUACCUCUGGUUCUUUUUAAUACGCCCAUGCGUAUCAAACAGCCAAGCAGUUCAUCAGCUUCUUCAACCGUCUAUACUGAUCACACGAAACAAAUCGAAAACAGUAAAGAACACGAGACAUUUUACGUGGUUCGGUUACAGUGUGUAACCUACGUCCCAUAUAUCUAUCUAUCCUUUUUGCCUCCUGGGAAGAAAGGGAAAGAUCCAUCAUCUAUCAAGAAAGCGAAGCAACACUAGAUUCUAUAGCCAUGAUAAAACUCUUCGACGCGCACUGUCACCUACAAGACCCGAGAGUCUUCAACAAGGCUCCGAACCUCAUCAAGACAGCUCUAGAACACGGCAUACAUCAUUUUGCAGUCAAUGGUGUCUCCGAGAAUGACUGGCACUUGGUCAAGGAGAUGAGUGACACCUAUCCUUGUAUAAUUCCAUCAUUCGGGCUCCACCCGUGGUUCAUCACGGACCGCACCCCCAACUGGCUGACAUCUUUACGCGAUCUGUUAACUGCAAACCCUUCGGCUGCAGUAGGAGAGAUCGGUUUGGACAAAGGGUCCCACGCAAAAACAGAUUACACAGAUCAGGUUGAAAUUUUCCGCUUGCAACUUCAACUCGCUAAAGAACUGAAACGGCCCGCUUCAGUGCACUGUGUGCGCGCGUUUGGUGAUCUUCUCGAUAUAAUGAAAUCUCUCGGGCCGUUUCCGGAAGGUGUGAUCUUGCAUUCCUACUUAGGUUCUGCGGAGAUGGUUCCGGAAUUUGCUAAACUCGGGGUGUAUUUUUCGUUCUCGGGGUUUCUUAUGGAUAAGAAAGAAACCGAGGCAAAGAAGGUGGUGAAAUCCGUACCUUCUGAUAGGAUUUUACUAGAGACCGAUGCACCAGAUGCGUUACCCAAACCCAACGGUUCGGAAUCUAUUAUUUUGGUGGACGAACAUGAAAGUAACGGAGACUCGAAAAAGAUGCUUAAUCAUCCGGCGAAUAUCCAUCUUGUGCUUUCUUAUGUUGCGUCUUUGCUUGAUGCGUCUAAAGAACAAGUAGCGGAUGUAAGCUACAAAAAUGCGGUGAGAUUGUUUUCUUAUGAAGGAUCUAAACUACAACAAGGUUAAUCACUAAAAGGAGAUAAAAAUGAGUAAUGAGCUCGGGAAUGGAUCGAACAAGGCUAUAUUAUGUAACACAACUACAUUAACCCUUUUCUUACCACUAGUACCACAACUUUGUUGUAAAUUAUCAUGUAAACCGUGUUAAAUAAGUGGUCCAUUGUAAUGUAUCAUAUAAACCCUGUUAAAUAAGUGCUCCGUUGUGAUGUAUCAUGUAAACCUAACUUAAUAUUAUAAAAAAAGAAAUUUUAGGUCA